UCGUGGAUUGAAGAGAAUCCCACAAGACGCCACUCCGUUGACCAGAGUCCGCACGCAACGGUACCCUUUGUCCUGAGAGCCACCAGUUAAGAGCCUGCUUCGUCUGCGAUUCUGCGACGAGCGAUCACGCGUCGCAGCUGUCGCAGAGCGCGGCCGUUUGGUAUCCAGGCAGGUUUUAGUAGCGAUCCCGAUUCGUCGCCAUCGUCGCCAUCGUGUCGCCAUCGUCGCCUUUGUCGCCAUGGCGUUGUGCGUUCGUCACGCAUGCUCGUCGCCUGGCUUCUCGACGGCCCGCGCGAUUCACGCCGCGGAUCGCGGAGGAAAGGCGACCGUCGCCGAGCCGUGCACCCGUCACACAACGGGACGACCAAUGGCGAUCCGAUCAGUCGCAGCUCGCUACAAUCACACGGCGAGUCCCCCCCGCCGAUCUCAGCCAAUCAGCCGUCUCCUAGGCUCCACGUGGUCAUCCUCCCUCGGGUCCGUCCACGCGACGCGAACCACCGACUUUUCACGCACGUGCGGUAAUAGUGUCCCCCGCGAGACCGCACGUGCGUUGAAUCCGACUUGUCCUCCUACGGCAUCCCUAGGGGGACUCGGCCGUGUCGCCUUCACCAGCGGGUUGGGUCUGGCCGUCGGAAUCGGCGCGCUUAUGACGUAUCUUGCCGUUAGAACCGGGCGGAGAUUAAUCGACAGCAGGAGGAACGCCACUGGCGGGAUUGCCGCCGGCACUCGCGCUGUAAGAGCGGCCGCGAGAAGCGGUGCUGCUGCGAACGAUGGUGCUGCUGUUGCUAGCGGGAAUGGCGGCGGGAAUCCCGGAAGUGGGAAGCCUAAGCGGAGUCCGGAAGGGCUUACACUGGUUGGGGGGAACGGAGAGGUGCAUCAAAAGCUGACGUGGCAGCUUCCCUCGUUACAAGAACCUUACAGACCCUUCUUCGGACCACUGGCGAACUGCCACGUGGAGACCAUCUUUGCAGCCGUGGCUCGCUCCCUGCCCGCAGUGCGGUUCAGAAGGGAGUGCCUGAGAAUGGCUGAUGGCGGCACUGUUGCUCUUGACUGGCCAGUGGGGGGAGAGGCACUAGAGGGGACGACUGCCAAUGGCGAGGUGCCACCUGGCACUCCCUGGCUCAUUCUACUGCCCGGGCUGACAGGCGGCAGUGACGACACCUAUGUGCGCCACAUGCUGGUGCGGGCCAGGAGGGCGGGGUGGGGAGCGGUGGUGUUCAACUCCAGGGGGUGCGCCAACAGCCCUGUCACGUCGCCGCAGUUCUACUCGGCCUCGUUCACGGAGGAUCUAAGGCAGGUGGUGCGCCACGUGGCAGCACUGCAGCCGCUCGCCCGCCUCUAUGCUGCGGGCUGGUCACUGGGGGCCAACAUACUUGUGCGAUACUUGGCUCAGGAGGGCGAGGAGGUGCCUCUGGCAGGGGCGGUGUCUCUCUGCAACCCCUUCGACCUCGUGCUGGCUGACAAGAACUUCCACAUCGGAUUCAACAACUUCUACGAUCAACGGCUGGGAUCAACACUCAGGGGCAUCUACGCCGGCCAUGCGUCUCUGUUUGAGGGUCUGGGGGGCGAGUAUGACAUCGAGCUCGUUGCACGAGCCAAGACCGUCCGCGACUUUGACGUUGGGCUCACGAGAGUCUCGUUCGGCUACCCCUCAGUGGACGCCUAUUACUACGACGCCAGCAGCUGCCGCAGCAUACCAAACGUCCGCCUACCUCUGCUGUGCGUUCAGGCCUUGGAUGAUCCUAUUGCGCCUGCAGACGGCAUUCCUUAUAGUGAAAUCGAGGAGAACCCAUUCACCAUGCUUGUGGGUACAUCCCACGGUGGCCAUCUGGGGUGGGUGGCGGGUCCCGAGGCUCCCUUUGGCGCCCCUUGGCCGGAUGUCCUCACUAUGGAGUUCCUCGAGGCUUUGGAGAAGAGGGCGGUUGAGGAUGAAAGUGAAGGCAUUCCCCAGGAGACUGCUCAUGAGAAGUUGUUUGGGCGCAAAGAGGAGUUGGAGGUGGUUGGGGAGGGCGACGCUGGUGAUGAGAGUGGCCGAGGCGCGGAAGCUGGCAGGGACGGAGGGAUUCGGGUGUCAUGGUAAUGAGUUAAUGAAGCAUUGAUGUGUUGUUAUUACGCUUUGAAACUGUAGGGAUUACGCUUUAGUGUUAUCGUACUGUCGAGUUGCCCUUUUUACGAUACUUUUCGGCAGGGCUCUCGCUAGACACAGGAGCUGGAGAAUAUUACCAGAUACAUUAGAGUAAUUGCAAUUUUAGCCAGAGCCCUGCUUCUCGGCAUUUCUACAGUGAUGGUUGGACACGGAGGGGGUUUUUACCAUUUUGACGUGUCAUUGCUCAUGAAGACUCAAGACGCGUGCAAGGAAAAUCCCUUUUCCUUAUCGAGCCUCGCUUGUUAAAUUCUAUAUUGUGUAAUAUAAUUGUUAGGCUUGGUAGGUUACGAACUAUACUGGAGAGGGUACAAUCCCCUCCUUGUAUCCCUCACUCUUUCUAGUUCCUACCCGUU